AAGCAGGAAGCUGGAUACUGGGAGAGCCGGAAGAGGAGGCGUAAGGAAUACGUCCGGCAGCCGAGAAAAUCUCCCUUCGCAUUAUCUUAUUGUUUAAAAAUAAAAGCGAUUCUCACGAGUCCCUAAGAGAGGGUCCUCGGCACUAGAGGCGGUUCUCAGGAUGUGGAAAGCAGUUGCUGGUCAGUCUGUCAAAGUCUCUGCUGACAACGGUGGAGAUGAUUGGGAAACAGACCCAGACUUUGAGAAUGACGUGUCUGAGAAGGAGCAGCGGUGGGGAGCCAAAACCGUGGCGGGUUCAGGACAUCAGGAACAUAUUAACAUCCAUGAGCUGCGUGAGAAUGUUUCAACGGAGCAUCAGAAACUGAAGCAGAAAGAGUUGGAGACCAUGCCCAAGGCCUCCCAUGGCUACGGGGGGAAGUUUGGUGUGCAGCAGGACCGCAUGGACAAGUCUGCUGUGGGCCAUGACUACCAGAGCAAGUUGUCCAAGCAUUGCUCUCAGACUGACACCUCCAAGGGAUUUGGGGGCAAGUUUGGUCUCCAGGCGGAUCGGGUUGACCAGUCUGCUGUGGGGUUUGAGUACGCGGGGAAGACGGAGAAGCACGCCUCACAGAAAGACUACACUACGGGGUUUGGGGGGCGAUACGGGGUGCAAGUGGAUCGCGUCGACCAGAGUGCAGUGGGCUUCGAUUACCUGGGCAAAACGGAAAAACACGAGUCGCAGAAAGAUUACACAAAAGGUUUCGGAGGGAAGUUUGGUGUGGAGACGGACAAGGUGGACAAAAGUGCAGUGGGUUUCGAGUACAUGGGCAAGACGGAGAAGCACGAGUCUCAGAAAGAUUAUGUGAAAGGCUUCGGAGGGAAGUUUGGCUUGCAGACAGACAGGCAGGACAAGUCGGCGUUGGGCUGGGACCACCAGGAGAAACUGCAGCUUCACGAAUCGCAGAAAGAUUAUAAACGCGGGUUCGGAGGGAAAUACGGGGUAGAGGUGGAGAAGCAGGACAAAUGUGCCCUGGGCUAUGAGCACAAGGAGAAACUGGCCAAGCACGAAUCCCAGCAAGAUUAUGCCAAAGGCUUCGGAGGGAAGUUUGGUGUCCAGAAAGACAGAAUGGAUAAGAGUGCUGGCACUUUCGACGAGGUUGAAAAGCCGAACCCAGCCUAUCAGAGGACCAAACCCAGUGAAGCAGCGGGCAGUAACAUGGGCAGCAUCAAGGCUCGCUUUGAGAACAUUGCUAAGCAGAAGGAGGAGGAGGACCGCAAGAAGGCAGAGGAGGAGCGGGAGCGCCGGCAGGUGAAGGAGAAGCAGGAGCAGGAGGACGCCCGCAGGAAGGUGGAGGAAAAGGCUAAAGCCAGGCCCCCCUCCCCGCAGUCCAGUGCCACAGCGGCGGCUGAGCCCCUGCAGCGUGAGAGCACGCCGUUGUAUGAGGAAGCCAGCUAUGACUCGGCGGAGAACGGCGGAGGCCUGUACGAGGCCGAGCCUGCGGCUAAGAACAGAGAGGAACCGACGUAUGAACUGGAACCAUCUGAGGACCUCUACCAGAACCCUGAAGAUACCUAUCAAGGAGAUGCAAACACCUAUGCAGAGUAUGGAGAGGACCUGGGGGUGACAGCAGUGGCCCUGUAUGACUACCAGGCUGCUGGCGAUGAUGAGAUUUCCUUUGAUCCCGAUGACAUCAUCACCAACAUAGAGAUGAUCGAUGAGGGUUGGUGGAGGGGUGUGUGCAAAGGGGCCUACGGGCUUUUUCCUGCCAACUACGUGGAGGUCAGACAAUGAGGUGUCCCGCCUCCUGCUGAUCCUGCCUUAACUAGCCCCAGGACCCCACCAACACACUCACACACACACACACACACACACACACACACACACACACACCUUCCUUCCUGGACAGGAGUGGAGGCCAGCCUCUCUACCACUUGCCUCCUGUAUGAAUGAUUCUCAGGUCUGUCUGCUCUCAUCUUCAUUUUUCACCCCCACUUUUCAUAUAAAAGAAAAAACUGCUUCCUUGCUUGAUCCACCCUGAUUGGGGAGAAAACGUUGUUUUAAGGACUUCUCACUUACUGAAAGUAAGUUCAGAAGUGCAGAACUUAUUAGGCUCUUCAACCCAUUCACAACCAAUUCCAUGAUGCCAUCUUAUAGCUUUAAUUAAAGGAGACAUGCUAAUUGUUCAGAGCUUGUCUUCUUUUUGUUUUUGUAAAUGCUGAUCUGUCGAACCUCAAGGCAUUAAUACCCUGUCCCUCAGAGGCUGGUGCUUGAAUUGGGACCAUCGAGUGGUAGGGAAAGCUGGAGGCCAUGGUGUCGAUGCAGUGAUAAUGGGGGUGAUGGUAGUUUGAAGUGGACCUGAAUCUUCUCAGCCUGCGGUAUGGGAAAGUUGCUGCUGUUUGUCCCCUAGCACUCAAUAGCUGCGGCUUCAUGAGAUUAUCAUUUAUUUUAAUGGCUUGCUGUAGCUUGUAUAUUUUUGUGGUGCAUCAUUUGAAACGCUUAUCAUUGGUGAAGUGGGAUUACUUAUGUUUUAUGGCAAUGGAGAGGUAAUUGAAUGAGAAAUGAAUCUUGCUGAUAAAUCUGUACACCUUUUUCAAUUCACUUUCAAAAGUCUACACUGAUCAGCAGAAUAGUUUUAUCAUCAAACAAUUGUCAGGCGGCGUUUGUGUGGUACUAAGAAAAAUGCAAGUUGAAAUAAAAAACAGCCUUGAUCUGUCCGUCUGAGAUGUGUGCAAAUGUUCUGAUUCGAUGAUUCUUAGAGGCUGGAGUCCCAUGUAUCAUCAGUGUUACAUUGUUAAAUAUAGCAUUCCACAUUUUAUGAUAGGUGUUUAAGAUGUAUAAGAACAAACCUCUGGAAAUCUUUAUCCCUGCUAAAAUGAAUUACAUGUUUUCUUGUUUUGUUUUUCCCCGGUUUCCUUCUUUUUCGUACUGUGUUGGACAUGGUAUGCAGAACUGGGAAGCACUGAACAGUUUUAUUAUAAUUAAUGGUACACAUGGGUAAAUUAUCUACAUUAUGUUCAGUAUAAACAAUCCUAUGUUGGAAAAAUGAGUCGUGAUGGUUUUAGACAAUCUGAUUCACCUGCUUGACACCACAAUGUUGUAUUUGCAUCGCCACAGAUCAAUUUUUUUUCUUUUUUAAAUAAGUGACCUUUCCAGAUAUUGCGUUUCUUUAAUAGCCUGCAUAGUUAUUUACAUUUCUUGCUUAUUUUUUGUAAGUAAAUAAAGUUUCCGAUAACAACCAGAAA